AUGGAGCAGACUCCAAGCAAACCUGCUUCUACCGUCCGUCCAUGGAUGAAGCCUGAUAGUGUCUCUGGGGUCUUGAGGAACAGUUACGAAUAUAUCUAUGGCAAACUCAAGUUAGUGAACGGCCGGGUGGACGGCAUGGAAGCGCAAAUGACGCAUCUCAAACAGCUUGUCGAAGACGUUAAGAUCAAGUCCGAAGCAGAUAACCAAGCACUGCAAAGCGAUAUUGAUGCUCAGAAGGCGCAGAAUCAGCAGCUGCGAAACGAACUGGAUGCUGAGAGGGAUCGAAACCAGCGACUAGAGACUACGAUUAAGAAUUCACAACAGUCAAUCACCCGGACCGGUCAACAGUUGAAUGAUCUCUCCAACCGGUUUCAUGCCCACGAGACUAUCACUACUGCGAAGUUGCAAAGGACAUUUCGAAUCGUGCCAGAUCUCACGCAACGGAUUGAGUCGCUGGAACGGUCUGGCAAUACCUACAGUCAGGGUAUCGUCGAACUGAGAAAGGACCUAGUAGAUCGCUUCGAGACAGCAGUGGUUCAUACCCAAGAAGGCUUGCGUCACAACCAAACCGCCUAUAUCAAUGGUCUAGGACUCCUCAGAAAUGAGACGGCGGAAAAGCUCGCUACUCUGACAGACCACCUCUCCACCGCUGUUGAUACCGUGCAAGCACAAUCCCGCGAACAUACGGAAGCGUUCCAAAAGACGGCUCUGGUUCUGGACCGUAACUCCCAACGUAUCGAAGAGCUCGGAAAUGCGAUGGUAGAACCACAGUUCCUGGAAGGCAUGAAACACCGCGUCGAAGAGCUUGAGAAUGCUGUGGAAUCACAUGAUGCGGCACUGCAAGCUUCUCAGGCCUUAACGAUCCGACUCGAGUCCCUAGAUGCCCGACUGGGUGUGUCGGAAGUCGCCCUCUACUCUAUACAAACGCCGACAUUGACCCCUCCGACUGCCACAACAGCUACCGCGGCUCUCGACGAUCUUCGGAACAAGGUUGACGCAACCUACUUACAGAUGAAGAAUGAACUUGCCUCAUUGGUGAAUUGCAAAGAGCGACUUGUCGCAUUGGAAAAGCCCCGCGGUACCGCUGCAUCUCGCAAACUUGACAAUAGGAUCUGCGUAUUGGAAGAGAACUACACCAAGAUCCGCAACGACCAUCCAGAAAUGACCACCAAGUGUGUUACCCACGAGCAGUUUGCUGCAGCAAGGGAAUCCCUUGCUGCCUCCCUCAACACGAUGAUUCGAAACCACCGGGACGAGGUGAAGCAGUUGAUCCAAGGCCCAGAAGUGGCACAGCCUGCCCGAGCACCGGCACCACAGUCGGCGUAUACAUCACCACCGGGAACGAAUCUGACACACCCUGGACCGACGCGUGAUACCUGGCCACCAAAUACACCAUCCACUCCGGUGGCGUUCCAACAGGCUAUAAUACAUAUGCAGCACGCACUGGCACUUGCAGGGAAUGCUGUGUCUGAAGUUAGGCAAGGAACUCAGCCAGUCGCCGAUACCAUUGAUCUCACUGGACCUGGACAACCCACGUUCUUUCGACAGAUGCCUAAGAAUCGACAACGAACUGAGCGAUCGGAGCAGCAGGAGGCUCAGCAAUUAACGCAACAGCAAACGCAACAACAAGCUCAACAACAGGCCCAGCAGCAGGCACAGCGACCGGCACAACAACAACAUCUGAAUCAACAUCCUCCAUCAAUUGCCAUGGGCGUCAUGCAGCAAAGGCCAGAACCGGGAAUGCAAAUGGAAUGGUCAUCCUAA